CGCCGCCUGGACCUGGACUGGCCGGUCAGGGUCGGCCAUGGAGCAGCCUGAGCCGGACGUCGCCUCCGACGACGCCAUGGAUGCGUUCCUGGAAAAGUUCCGGAGCCAGCCUUACCGUGGAGGCUUCGACGAAAAUCAGUGGGAGGAGGAAUUUGAAAAGGUCCCCCUAUUUAUGAAGAAAGCCCCAUCUGAAAUUGAUCCCAAGGAGAGUCCUGACUUGGCUUGCCUCCAGUCAAUUAUUUUUGAUGAGGACCGAUCUCCAGAAGAACAGGCCAAGACCUAUAAAGAUGAGGGCAAUGAUUACUUUAAAGAAAAAGACUAUAAGAAAGCUGUGAUUUCUUACACUGAAGGAUUGAAGAAGAAAGGUGCAGAUCCUGAUUUGAAUGCUGUCCUUUAUACCAACCGGGCAGCCGCACAGUACUAUCUGGGCAAUUUUCGUUCUGCUCUCAACGAUGUAACAGCUGCCAGAAAGUUAAAACCCUGCCACCUCAAAGCAAUAGUAAGAGGUGCAUUAUGCCAUCUGGAACUGAAACACUUUGCUGAAGCUGUGAACUUGUGUGAUGAGGGGCUGCAAGUAGAUGCCAAAGAGAAGAAGCUUCUGGAAGUGAGGGCUAAAGCAGACAAGCUAAAGCGAACUGAACAAAGGGAUCUGAGGAAAGCAAAGUUGAAAGAGAAGAAGGAGCAGAAUCAGAAUGAGGCUUUACUCCAGGCUGUCAAGGCUAGGAACAUCAGGCUCUCUGAAGCCGCCUGUGAGGAUGAAGACUCAGCCUCAGAAGGCCUAGCUGAGCUUUUCUUGGAUGGACUCAGCUCUGAAAACCCCUGUGGAGCCAGGCUGAGUCUAGAUGACCAGGGCAGGCUGAGCUGGCCCGUGCUCUUCCUGUACCCGGAGCAUGCCCAGUCAGACUUCAUCUCUGCUUUUCACGAGGACUCCAGGUUUAUUGAUCAUCUAAAGGUGAUGUUUGGUGAAACACCCUCCUGGGACUUAGAGCAGAAGUACUGCCCUGAUGACUUGGAGGUCUACUUUGAGGAUGAGGAUGGGGCAGAACUCUACCGGGUGCCUCCCAGAAGCACCCUGCUGCGGGCACUGCAGCACCCCAGGUACUUUCUCAAAUCCCUGACACCAGCAUUUUUGGUCUGUGUGGGAUCCUCUCCUUUUUGGAAGAAUUAUCUCCAGGAGAGAAAGGUGCACCAGAUAGAGUGACUGAGCCAGGCUGUGGGUGCCAGGCCCCCUAGGCUCCCCCUCUGUUUCUUCUGCCUGGAAUCUAGCAUGCCUGAGGCAGCUGGACACAUUCCUAGAGUCCAGCACUUUGUUUCUGUCACCUGGGGAUGGUGGGGGAGGAGAUGCUCGCUUCCCUGAACUGCAGCCUUUCUGGCCCAAUGCUGCCCUCCAGCUGUCUUAUGUUUUCAGCUGCUUUGGUCACAACGUCCUUGGACUCCAUCUCUGAAGGGACAUCUGAGGUUACCACAGCAAAUGACCUGUGCGACUCUCUGCCCUUUGGAGACUGACUCAGGAUGCAGUUAUGUGGUUGUGAACCUUGUGCAGUUAGACUCCUUGUUCUGCAUUUAUAAAGACUGUACAGACUGGGAUCCCUGGUGCCCCUGAAGAGUCUGCCGGUUUUGCUCGGCAGGGUGAAAUGCACUCCUGUUGUCCUGGCUAUUCAGGAGGCUGAGAGUGAAGUAUUACAUGAGCCUUGGAGCUCAAGGCCAGCCUGGGGGACAUAGUAAGACCUCAUCACUUUAUAACAACAACAAAAAAAAAGUUUGUCAAUUUUCCUGUUCUUUGCAGUACGGAGAAUUGGACAGUGGCCUCUGAAUUCCUCUGCAAUUUUCACAUUUUAGGACUUUGUGUCUUUUAAAUUCAAAAAUCUUCUCAUGUGUUGGGUCAUCAUAUUUUGUGUGCAGCUAUUUGUCACCCCUCCCAAGGAUUUUAUACAUCUUUACCCAUAGCUGUGUGGUUUUUUGCAGUGCCCACUGCAUGAGCACUGUACAUCCCACAUGGGGAGCAUACUUCCCUUCUCCCCAGGCAAAGGGAUGUGAACAGGCAUCGACACCCCCCACCCCAAUGUCCAGGCAGAAGCUUGCAGAGCCCUUGAGUGGUGGGGUCAUGUUGUGCCUCUGCCAUGAGAACAUGUCUCCCGUGUUGGAGCUGUUCCUUAGCGUGGGUGCCAGAAUGUAAGACGUGGAACAGAGCUAAAGCAGAUGGACUGCAGCCCUCGACUGUCACACGAGAGAAAAACGUUUGCUGUAGUGAGCCCGAGAUUUGGGGGUUAUAUCUUACCACAGCAAAGCUGCCUAAUACAU